UAUCGUCAGCAGCAACCUGACCUCACCAUCUCAUACCAAGAGGAGUCACGUAAACUUAUAUGCGAUCUUGAGGAGCUAAUCAAGGAUUUUUCAGAAGAAGUCAGGACGUCUGCAGAACAGUUGCUGGAAAAUUAUAAAAGUGGCUUUCCUUUUGUUUCAGACGUGGUUAUGCGACUAGGAGGAAAUGAAAGUUCAGUUUCUGAUGAUAAAUUGGUAUGUGGAUGUUCAUCAAUGUUCGUUUUUGCGCCUCUUGUUCUUGCAUCUGAUUCUUCUACAAUUCAAUUUAAUAACGAGGAUGUCGAUUUUUUUGAUGAUCAUGAUGAGAACGAGAAUGAAUCAACCGAGAUUCAACACCUCAUCGUAAAGGUUAGAAAUGUGAACCAUCGUCUUUUUGAUUAUUGUAUUGUCAACCUAUCCGGAAAGAAUCUCACUGAUCCAGUAAACAAAGUCUUCUUAAAUGAUGAUAAAAAAGAAGGAGAGAAAAAAGAAACAGAAUACAGUAUGCCGGUUAAGAGUAUCAGACCUUUAAUCGACAAGUAUGCUUCUGCAGUUGAGGUGAAGCCGAAAUCGGUUUUUGAUGACGAUGAUCAGCCACAAUCAACAAAAAUUAUUUUUGAAAUACGAUUUGAGGGCAAGUUUGAUCUCAAAAAACAUUAUGACAUAUUAUGGGAGAUAGUUUACAGAGACUCACUCAUAAAUCUUUUAAUUCCAAAGGCAUUUGACUAUAUGAAUAAUAAAAUUAGGUCCCAAAAUGGAGAGAUAGAAAGCACGCUCCGUAAGCAACACUGA